AUGGACGCCACCCUUUUUAUGCCAUUGCUCGUUGCCAUUACUAUAAUUUACGGCGUCUUACACUCGUAUCAAGAACUCAAUAACAUAAACGAUAAAACCAUUCAAACUGUGUUGCGGCAUGUGGAAGAGAGAGCUGAAAUGAAGAGCUGUGGCUUUUCAUGGCAAAGUACCACGUCGAACACCAGUAAACUAGGAAGUGGAGAUGUGUUGAAUGGUUCCUCCUACUUUCUUGCUAAUUGGCGAUCAGGCUCAAAUAGAAAAAUAAUUCGUUUUAUAUAUGGUGUGAACACUCGUUCUCUUUGGUUACUAAAAUUAAAAUCCGGUUUGCAUCACAAAAUAGCAGCGACUCGAACAAGUUAUAACGGGAAUCACCUGGCACAAAGUUAA